UAUUUUAUUUCAAUCCACUUAAAAACAGCAAAUUGUAAAAGCCACUUAAAAAUCUAAAUUCCCCCAAUUCCAAAACCCUGAUAGGGUUUGCUUCAUUCCUUGUUUAGUUGUUUUACACACUCUUCGUACAAUUGAUCAAUCUUGUGCCGCCACUGUGCCCAGUGCUCACCGCCCUAUUCUCGCAGUCUCCAUUCGUGCUGAUUCCGAAUCACUCUUUCGUUUUAGAGGUCUAGUUGGGAGCGUUUGAGGCAAACUUUAUUAAACGAUACAGUAAAUAGAGUUAAAAGUAAAAUUGCAUAUUUUGCUUUACGUUUCGUCCAUACUACACCAUGGUUGAUCCUGAGGUCCCUACAUCUGCCGAAGAUCUUGAAAGGAAGAAAAAAAAGGAAGAAAAGGCAAAAGCAAAAGAAUUGAAGAAACAGAAGGCAGCGCUUAAAGCGGAAGUUGCCAAACUUCAGACACAACCAACUAGUACCACUAAGAAGACAGAAAGGAAGAACAUAAGGAAGGAUGCUGAGGAAGAGGAUCCAAAGCAUUAUUUAGAUCCAGAGACAUCGCUUGGUGAGAAGAAGAAGCUUUCCAUUUUAAUGGCAAAGCAAUAUUCUCCUGCUGCAGUGGAGAAAUCAUGGUAUGCAUGGUGGGAAAAAUCUGGCUUUUUUGUGGCAGACUCUAAUAGCUCAAAACCACCUUUUGUGAUUGUUCUUCCACCACCAAAUGUCACUGGAGCGCUUCAUAUUGGCCAUGCUCUUACUGGUGCAAUUGAGGACACAAUCAUACGCUGGCGGAGAAUGUCUGGAUACAAUACAUUGUGGGUUCCUGGAAUGGAUCAUGCUGGGAUAGCAACACAGGUUGUUGUGGAGAAAAAAAUUAUGCGUGAAAGAAAACAAACCAGGCAUGAUCUUGGCCGAGAAAGGUUUGUAUCGGAGGUUUGGAACUGGAAAAAUGAGUACGGCGGCAAAAUCUUGAAGCAGCAGCGUCGUCUUGGUGCAUCCAUGGAUUGGUCGAGAGAGUGUUUUACGAUGGAUGAGAAACGAUCGAAGGCAGUAACAGAAGCAUUUGUAAGGUUGUACAAUGAGGGCCUUAUAUAUAGGGAUCUUCGAUUGGUAAACUGGGAUUGUGUGUUGAGAACUGCAAUAUCUGAUAUCGAGGUGGAUUAUGUUGAUCUGAAAGGAAGGGAAUUCAGAAAUGUUCCUGGAUAUGUAGAUCCUGUGGAAUUUGGUGUGUUGACAGAAUUUGCAUAUCCAUUGGAAGAAAACCUUGGUGAGAUUGUUGUUGCUACCACUAGAGUGGAAACAAUGUUGGGUGAUACAGCAAUUGCUGUACACCCAGAUGAUUCAAGAUACAAGAAAUUGCAUGGUAAAGUGGCAAUCCAUCCUUUUAAUGGCAGAAGGAUUCCUAUUAUUUGUGAUGAAAUACUUGUUGAUCCAAAUUUCGGGACUGGUGCUGUCAAGAUUACGCCUGCUCAUGAUCCCAAUGAUUUUGAAGUUGGAAAGCGUCACAAGCUGGAGUUCAUCAAUAUCUUCACAGAUGAUGGAAAUAUAAACAGCAAUGGGGGGCCAGAUUUUGCAGGGAUGCCGAGAUUCAAAGCUCGUGUAGCAGUAACGAAAGCCUUGGAAGAAAAGGGAUUAUAUAGAGGUGCUAAGGACAAUGAGAUGCGUCUUGGAGUUUGUUCAAGAACUAAUGAUGUUGUGGAGCCAUUAAUAAAGCCUCAAUGGUAUGUCAAUUGCAGCACCAUGGCCAAGGAUGCUCUUGAUGCUGUUAUGAGUGAUGACUAUAAGAAGAUUGAGAUUAUACCAAAAGAGUAUACAGCUGAUUGGAAAAGAUGGCUUGAAAAUAUUCGAGACUGGUGCAUCUCAAGGCAGCUAUGGUGGGGCCACCGUAUACCUGCUUGGUAUGUCACCUUGGAGAAUGACCAACUGAAAGAACUGGGAGCUUAUAAUGAUCAUUGGGUAGUAUGUCGAAAUGAGGAAGAGGCACAAGCUGAGGCUGCUAGAAGAUUUACUGGGCAGAAGUUUAAGAUUGCUCAAGAUCCUGAUGUCCUAGAUACCUGGUUUUCCUCUGGUCUCUUUCCAUUGUCGGUUUUGGGAUGGCCAGAUGAGACAGACGAUUUUAAGAACUUCUAUCCAACUUCAGUUCUUGAAACUGGGCAUGACAUUCUUUUUUUCUGGGUUGCCCGAAUGGUGAUGCUAGGGAUGAAACUGGGAGGUGACGUGCCUUUUAAAAAGGUCUAUCUUCAUCCUAUGAUCCGUGAUGCACAUGGUCGUAAAAUGUCAAAAUCAUUGGGGAAUGUUGUGGACCCUCUUGAGGUUAUAAAUGGGAUAUCACUCGAAGAUCUUCACAAGAGGCUGGAGGAAGGGAACUUGGAUCCCAGUGAGCUUUCCAGAGCUAAAGAUAUACAAAGAAGAGAUUUCCCUAAUGGCAUUCCAGAAUGUGGGGCAGAUGCUCUUCGAUUUGCUCUUGUUUCAUAUACUGCUCAGGCUGAUAAAAUUAACUUGGAUAUUCAACGGGUUGUUGGGUACCGGCAAUGGUGCAACAAACUGUGGAACGCUAUUAAGUUUGCGAUGAGCAGAUUGGGUGAUGCUUACACUCCUCCAACCACUAUAAAUCCUCAAGUCAUGCCAACCAGUUGCCAAUGGAUACUCUCGGUCUUGAACAAGGCUGUUGGCAAAACUGUCUCCUCACUUGAGGCUUAUGAGUUUGCUGAUGCUGCUAGUGCUGUGUACUCAUGGUGGCAAUUCCAGCUCUGUGAUGUAUUCAUAGAGGUAAUCAAACCCUACUUCGUCAGUAGUGAUGAGUCAUUUGCAUCUGCAAGAGGUUUUGCUCGGGAUACACUUUGGGUAUGCCUUGAUAGUGGGCUUCGACUACUACAUCCAUUUAUGCCAUUUGUCACCGAAGAGUUGUGGCAGAGACUUCCUCAACCUAGAGAUACUAUAAGGAAAGAAUCUAUCGUCAUUAGCGAGUAUCCUUCUGUUGUACAGUCGUGGACCAAUGAAAAUGUGGAGCAGCACAUGGAGCUAGUUGAGUCUGCAGUAAAAUCUCUAAGGUCUCUUAAGUCUUUACUGCCUGCAAAAGAAAGGAAUGAAAGGAGACCAGCUUUUGCACUUUGCCGGAAUGUGGAAGUUGUAGACAUUAUUCGAAGUUAUGAGUUAGAAAUUUUAACUCUUGCUGGUUUGUCCUCUUUGAAGAUUCUGAAUGAGGAUGAUGCUGUUCCUGCUGGAUGUUCAGUAGAUGUUGUAAAUGCAAAUCUCUCGGUUUAUCUCAAGCUUAAAGGAACAAUUAAUGCUGAAGUAGAGCGUGAAAAGCUGAGGAAGAAAAUGGAGGAAACAAAGAGGCAAAAAGAAACUCUGGAAAAGAUGAUGGAUGCAUCUGGAUACAAAGAAAAAGUCCCUCCUCAAAUUCACGAAGAAAAUAUGGCAAAACUCAGCAAACUAAUGAAUGAGGUCUUGUCACUUGAAGAAGCCAGCCAACACCUUGAACAUGAUAUUGCUGCCCAAGCAGUCGUUGAAAACGAUAAAUAAUUUCCAAGUUUCUGAAGCGUUUGAUGAAAACGGAGCAGUCUCUUUUCUCGGUACAAUUUGUCACAACUCACAACCAUGGACGGUUUUUGUGACGGUAAUAUGCAAUUUUUUUUGUAAUUGGUUGUGUCUUAACGAAGCUCAUAAUUUUGCGAAUUUCAUUUAAAUUAUGUCAUAAAUACAUAUUCUUUUUUGUGAACUUCAUUCAAGUUAACUCGGAAUGCUUGUAUUUUUCUUCAUUUUUUGAUAUUUAGUGCAUGUAAGCGACUAAUGUUUACAAUUCUACAAAUUUUCCUUUGUUGUUCACUCAUGGUUAAUCAAGAGCUCGUUCAUUCGUAA